AAACGCAUCAAAGGCGACAGCAACUCCUCUAUUGCAGAGGAGUAUCAAUUAUUUGAAACUCCUCAAAAACAGCUGUCAUACAGAGAUAUGGUUUCUUCAUCUGAACCUACUGCUAUCCUUUGCGAUAGUUCCAACAGGGAUGAAGCUCUAGAAGAAGACUCAGAUAUGGAGGACGAUGGGACUAUACCCACUAUCCUCAUAUCUAGAGAAGAAAAGAAAAGAAUCCGCACGCCUUGGCUUAAUUCUCUCAUAAUCAAGGCCUUCGGGACAGAUAAAGCUGGAUAUAAUUUUAUUUUUCCCAGAAUAAAGGCUCAAUGGAAGCCAAGAGGAAAAAUGGACUGUAUUGAUUUGGGUUUGGAUUUCUUUCUUAUCCGUUUCCAUGAGAAGGAGGAUCUUAACCGUGUUCUCCAUGGGGGACCAUGGUUUGUUGGUCCUCAUUUUCUCACAAUUAGAAGUGAUGGAUCUGCCCUUGGAAAUCCAGGCAUGGCUGGAGCUGGGGGUCUUCUUCGGGAUCACUUAGGCAGGUGGAUUAUUGGGUUUUCACGGAAUAUUGGAUGGACUACUAGCAUAGCUGCUGAGUUAUGGGCCAUCAGAGAUGGUUUGGAAGUUGCUAUCUCCAAAGGGUUCUCUAAAAUUAUUGUUGAAACUGACUCAAAAAUUGCUACUAUCCUUAUUGAGUCUGCUGAUAUUUCUCUUCACUCACUUGGCAUCCUUAUCUCUGAUUGCAGAUCACUUCUGGGAUGUUUUGCUGAUGCUCAGAUAUCCCAUAUUUAUAGGGAAGCUAACACGGCUGCUGACUUCAUGGCUAAGCUUGGAACUUCCUCUGCCACGAAUUUUGUUUUGUAUGAUGGGAGCCCUCCUGGGAUCUCUUCCUUUUUGUAUCAUGGCUGUAUUGGGACUGUGUUCCCAAGAAUUGCUGUAGCCGUUUAAUCCUUUAUAUUUCAUAUCUCUAUUUACCAAAAAAAAAAAAAACAAUAUUUUUUUAAAAUUAAUGACAAUCAUAAGAAUGAAAAACCAAAUUCUUCACCAUACAACUAAAGUGUAUGAGCUAAGUCCAUCAAUUGGGCCGGAAAUCUGGCCGACCUUUAGUCUUCUUCUGGAAAGAGAUUGAAUAGCCCAUCAGCCCAUAAUAUGUAUGGGCUGAAUGGAUUUGGAUCUUAUUCUAUAAUUGCAAUAUGUU